AAAUCAUCUGUUCGUGAGAAGCGAGAGUUUAGCUUUCACUUUUAAAAAAAGUGCGCUUUUGUGUUUCUUCUAAGUUUAAUUGCCGUUAAUUAAUUGGCGUGAUGUCAUUUCAACGGUUUUCAGAAGCCGAGACGCGUCAGAAGCUGCUCCGCAAUGUGAAGAAGGAGGUGAAGCAGAUCAUGGAGGAAGCAGUCACACGGAAGUUUGUACAUGAAGACAGCAGUCAUAUCGUCUCCUUCUGCGCUGCUGUGGAGGCGUGUAUGUUACACGGCCUGAAGCGGAGAGCUGCCGGGUUUUUGCGCAGCAACAAAGUAGCAGCUCUGUUCACUAAAGUGGGGAAGAGUUUUGCGCCGGCCGAGCAGCUCUGCCGCAAAGCUCAGGAACUGGAACAACUGCUGGAGAGCAAAAGAGCUCAGAUGGGCUCGUACAGUGAGACGUCUCGUAAAUUACCCCCUCGACUCCCCGGCCUCUCACCCCAGGCCGCUCGGCACCUCUGGAUCCGCACAGCCCUCAUCGAGAAAGUCCUCGACAAGAUUGUCCUGUACCUGGUGGAGAACAGCAGUAAGUAUUAUGAAAAGGAGGCGGUGCUCAUGGACCCGGUGGACGGCCCCAUCCUCGCCUCUCUGUUAGUGGGUCCGUGUGCACUGGAGUACACUAAGAUGAAGACGGCUGAUCAUUUCUGGACGGAUCCCUCGGCAGACGAGUUGGUGCAGAGACACAGGAUCCACAGCGCGCACUACAGACAGGACUCGCCCGCUAAGAGACCCGCGCUGUGUAUCCAGAAGAGACACUCCAGCAGCAGUAUUGACGAGCGUCCGUCUCCAUCCCCCUCUGCGAGGGACUACGUGGAGUCUCUGCACCAGAACUCCAGAGCCACGCUGCUGUUCGGCAAGAACAACGUGCUCGUACAGCCGAGAGACGACAUGGAGGCGAUCCCAGGAUACCUGUCUCUGCACCAGACCGCCGACACCAUGGCGCUGAAGUGGACGCCCAAUCAGCUGAUGAACGGCUCUGUAGGAGAUCUGGAAUACGAGAGGAGUGUGUAUUGGGACUAUGCCAUGACCAUACGCCUCGAAGAGAUUGUGUAUUUGCAUUGUCAUCAGCAGGUGGACAGCGGUGGCACCAUAGUUCUGGUAAACCAGGAUGGCAUCCAGAGGCCUCCUCUACGUUUUCCACAAGGUGGCCAUCUCCUGCAGUUCCUGUCGUGCUUGGAGAACGGCCUGCUGCCUCACGGUCAACUCGACCCGCCGCUGUGGUCCCAAAGAGGCAAGGGUAAAGUGUUUCCUAAGCUGAAGAAGAGAGGAACUCAGGGAUCAGUGGACUCCGUCUCGGAUAAGGAGGAGGACGAAGCCACCGAUUACGUCUUCCGCAUCGUCUUCCCCAACAGCCAGUCUGAGCUCGCUAGUUCAGAGCUGAUGGAGCAGGGGGUAAACAUCUGGCAGCCAACGCAGAGGAAGUCCUCGUGUUCUCAGGCCAGCUUCUCCGAUGGAGCAUCGCCAAACGGCUGCAGCCAUGAGAGAGCUCCUCUGAAGCUGCUGUGUGACAACAUGAAGUAUCAGAUCAUCUCCAGAGCGUUCUAUGGCUGGUUGGCGUAUUGCCGUCACCUGUCCACUGUGCGCACACACCUCUCCGCUCUCGUCAAUCACACCAUCGUAAUGCCCGAUGUGCCGUGUGACGCGUACGGAGGUCUCACUACACCAGUGUGGCACAAGUUCCUGCAGGACUGCAGUGCGUAUGACGAGCAGGAGCUCUGGCGGUUGGUGUAUUUUGGAGGAAUUGAACCCUCUCUACGUAAGGAGGUCUGGCCCUUCCUGCUGGGUCACUACCAGUUCGGGAUGUCUGAGAAUGAGAGGAAGGAGGUAGACGAGCAGAUGCGAGCAUGCUACGAGAAGACUAUGAGCGAGUGGUUGGGCUGUGAGGCCAUCGUGCGGCAGCGGGAAAAAGAGCAGCACGCCGUGGCCUUGGCCAAGUGCUCAUCUAUUGCCAGCAUGGACAGCAACAAUCCAAGUGUGGUGCACCGUGACUCGUCCAUCAGCAACGAGUCAUCUCAGAGCUGCAGUUCAGAGAGGCAGAGAGCUUGCCUGCAGAGUGACUCCAGUAGCAGUACACAGUUCUUCACUCCCCAAAGCCCCUUCCCCUGGAGUAGUUGGCUUCCCUUUGGCUUCUUCCUCCAGGUGUUCGAGUCCGUGGAUGAGGUCGAACAGAUUGAUGCCGAGCCCAAAGGCGACGAUGUCAAACUCCUCCCCAAAGUCUCCAACAGCUCAGAUUCGGGUCACCCCUCUUCCAGAAACUUCUCUGUCACCUCGGGCCUGUCGGACUCCCUCAGCAGAGAAGACAGCAGUGCGCAGGAGAUGAGCACCAAAACAUCCACCCAGGAUAGCAUCAAGGAGGAUCAUAAGAAGGAGGAAACCAAAGAGGCUCCUGAUGUGGAAGUGUUUGUUCCAAGAAGCUCAGAUGCAGAGAAGAUGGAGAAAAUUGUCAUUGGGGGGGCAGGAGAUGAGAGUGAAAAAGCAGAAAUGGAACACAUGGAUACUGUGGAAGAAACUCUGGAACAAGAGGUGUCUGAGAAGAGAAAUGAGGUUGAGGUAGGAGAACACUCAGAAGCUGGUGAAGGUUUUGAAGGUAUUGUACCUCAGGUGAUAAAGGACACAGAGGUAGUGGACAAAAGAAGAAAGCCAGAGGUGUUAGAGGAGAUAGAUGAAACUAAACAGGAGGAGAAGUCUGGAAUACUGGUGUCCAUUUCAACGGGUGAGAGAAGGGAAGAGUGUACAGUAGGAGAGCAAAGUAAAAGCUUUGAGACUGGAUACAGUCCAGGAGGUUUAAAGACAACAGAGAGUGAGACACUGAAUACUUCUACUUCCAUAAAAAAUGAUGAAUCUGAGAAAAUCCAAUCAUUCAAAGCAGAGCCAUCUGAGAAUCAAACUGAAUCGAGACCAAAGACGAAUGAAGCUCAGAGAGCAGGGAAACCCUCAACAGCUGAGGCUCAAAGUCCAAGUCGGGUUAAGGAGAAAGGUCAGGCGGAGACAGUCAGGAAGAAGGUCACAAUGCCGAGCGCUCCUGUGGUAAAGGAGAUUGUGGUGCCUGUUGUGUUUGAAGCCUUCAGCAUGCGUGAAAUGAGCAAAGAGACUCCCGCCACCGACUCAGACGAGUCACCCUCAGCCAUCGAGAUGGAGGAGAUCCCCAUGGCCCGGCUGGUGGGCGUUCAGGAAGGCAAUGAGGCGCUCCUGCCUGAAAUGGAGACUCUUUACCCUCAGUUUGAUUCACAUGCUGUGGCCAAUGAGAAGAAGACCGCCACCUCACCAGUUCCCUCCAUAGGAACGACUUACUCGCAGGAGCUCUUAGACUUGUACACCCUGAACCUGCAUCGUAUUGACAAGGACGUGCAAAGGUGUGACAGGAACUACUGGUACUUCACCCCAGCUAACUUGGAGAAACUCCGCAACAUCAUGUGCAGUUACGUCUGGAAGCAUCUAGAGAUCGGCUACGUGCAGGGGAUGUGUGACCUUCUGGCUCCUCUUCUGGUCAUUCUCGAUGAUGAGGCUCUAGCCUUUAGCUGUUUCACCGAACUGAUGAAGAGAAUGAAUCAGAACUUUCCUCACGGGGGUGCGAUGGACACUCACUUUGCCAACAUGAGAUCCCUCAUCCAGAUCCUGGACUCAGAGCUCUUUGAGCUGAUGCAUCAGAACGGUGACUACACCCACUUCUACUUCUGCUAUCGCUGGUUCCUCCUGGAUUUUAAACGAGAGCUAGUGUAUGAUGACGUGUUUGCAGUGUGGGAGAGCAUUUGGGCGGCUAAGCACGUCUCCUCUAGCCAGUUUGUCUUGUUCAUUGCCCUAGCCCUCGUUGAGAUCUACAGGGACAUCAUCCUGGAGAACAACAUGGACUUUACCGACAUCAUCAAAUUUUUCAAUGAAAUGGCCGAACAUCAUAACGUGAAGCAAAUCCUGGAGCUGGCUCGAGAGCUUGUUUGCAAAGUGCAGAUGCUCAUUGAAAACAAGUAACGCAGUGUCAAAGCCUUUCAACUGUCUCUGUGCCAAAACAUCCCAUUAGUGCUUGCUGCAUUAAACCCGACAGGAUACGGCCAAGAGAACCUUCUGGGUCCAAGUCGUUUAGCUCAUGAAUUAUUUAGUUCUUGAAUAACUGUUGUUACAUUUAUAAGCAGAUGCUGCUAUUACAUUCGUUCAUCUUUAGCAAAUGCUUUGUCCUGGUCUGGGUCAGAAGAUCCAGUGUCUAUCCCGGGAACACUGGGCACAAAGGGGGAUACACCCUGGAUGGUAUGCCAGUUCAUCACAGGGCACUAUACACACACCUAGGGGGCAAUUUAGCAUAGUCUCUGCACAUACUGGCAUGCUUUUGGGAGGUAGGAGGAAACCAGAGGACCCAAAGGAAAGCCACGGGGAGAACAUGCGAAACUCCACACACACACAGAGCUCAGGAUCAAACCAGGGACCCUGAAGCUGUGAGGCAGCAAUGCUACCUGCUGCACCACCGGUGUCUUUUAUAUUCUGAAGUAUGAAUCUAAUGGAAGUGAGAGGUAAUAGGUAUCGCCAGCUAUUAAAAAAUCGACACUUCCAGACAGCGAUUAUACUUCACCUAUCACACAUUCCAAGUCAGUAAAGCUUUCAGCCUCUUCGGCUCAGUUUGUUUCCUUCCACAGCUGCACGUCUGUUACCAACUUGUGUGUAUCUUCAGUAACAUGGCAUUAUGUUAAUAUUUAUGUAGGUUGGUGCUUUGUCAAGGUUUGUAUGAUUUUUAGUUUUUGGACAUGAAGAAGCUGAGCAGCUCUGACUUUAAUGCUCUCUCAACACUGUGUAACAGAAAUGUGUUAUCAUUCAUAUCUCCUUCGAGCCACCAAAUCAGUACUUUUCAUUCAGUAGUGGUGAUAUCUAGUGUUACAUUUUAUUACAUGCAGGUAUGUGUGUAUUGUUGUGAACCAUCUUUUCAGAUCUUUUCAGAAUCAUAUUAUUGAACACACCACAGCAGUUAUUUCAUCUAUUUGCCAAUGUUAAGUGUGUCUCUGCAAGGCAUCAGUUGUCUACAGUGCCUUGCACAAGUAUUCACCCCCCUUGAACUUUUCCACAUUUCUUUAGUGUUACAACUUAGAACUGAAAUGGGCUUAAUUGGGAUUAUAUGUCAUGACUGUACACAAAAUAGCCAUUAAUAUUGAAAUGGGUGGAAUAAUCAAUAUUGUUUGCAAAAUUAAUUAAAUGUAAAUGCCAUAAAUGCAAAAGUAUUCACCUCUGUUAGUGUGAAACCCCUAAAUUAGUUCGGGUGUAGCCAAUUCCAACCUUUUUAGUUGAAUGAAGUCGACUAGUCAUUUGAUCUCAAUAUAAAUACGCCUGUUCCUGGAAACAUCAUGAAUACCACGGAGCUAACAAAACAAGUCAGAGACUAACGUUAUAAAAAAAUAUAUUUCAAACUUUGAACAUACUGUGGAGAGACAUUAAAUCUGUUAUUAAAAAGGGAAAGAACAUGGCACAACCAUGACUAAAGAAGGCCAUCCAAACGUCAGAUACUGGAUAAAGAGGGGAUUCGUCAGAUAAGCAACCAGGAGGCUGAACAUGAUGCUGAACAUGAUGCUACCACAUGUACCACUGUUCUUCAGUGUUCUUUUAUAUUUUUUAUUGGUAAUAAUUUUGCAAACUGUAUUGAUUAUUUCCCCUCACUUCAGGUUUUAGGGUUAUUUUGUGUUGAUCCAUGACAUACAAUCCCCAUUAAGUCCAUUUCAUUUUCAGGUUAUACACUACAGAAUGUGGGUGGAUCCUUACGCAAGGCCCUGUAUGUGGACUUCCACAGUUUUCACUUUACUGUGACUGUAACAAAUAAGAAAAAAGCUUAUUUGUGCAUAAGGAAAAAUCUAUAUUCUAUAUUUAUUAUAUAGAGAAAUAUUAAAAUAUGACAUUAGAGAUUGUGGUUUUUUUUCUGAAUAGAAAUAUAUUAAAGCAGAGAAAUUAUAUUUAACAGUUCUCUUAUUUAUUUUUGCAUUCUGAUGUAACUUACCGUUUAC